AGGGGAGUUAGUCCUGCGUGUGCAGAAAGAUUUAAAUUCGUUUACGUUAAAUAUUCCAGAAAGUGGUAAAUCGUCUGUUUUGAAGUGUAAGAGGGAGGGAAAAAACCGCAGUGUUAUCAGAAUGGACGGAGUGUUAUGUCAAACAUCGCCCGACUGUGUUGUCCAGUCAGCGAGCAUUGAUAUGUGUAUUGGCUUGACCGAGGCAGAAACACAGAUUUCUUGUCUUCCUGCUUGGAAACGGGAGCUGAUUCGUAAAAAAAGGCUAAACAAUGGACUUGGAUCUUGUAACGUUCAAUCAGAUUGGAGAGGAAUACGAGGACAACCAUCUGCCAUUACACUUGGGUUGGAAAACCGUACGCGAGAGCGAUUGCGGAUCCCAAGUAAAGGUCUAGUGGCCUCAUUGCAGACGGUUUACGAACCGCUGAUAGAAGGUGAACCGCUCGAAGGCAGGAUGUUGGCCCGGCCACUGCAAGGUGCUGGUACUCUGCACGGUUUGGAAUCCGCCUCCAGUCCGCCUCCGCUAUCUAAUACAACGCAGUUAGGGGCGGGAAAAGAGUCUUCCAUUGAGAGUUUCAGUUCCAGUCAGUCGCGAUCGGUGAGCGGUCGCUCACCCAGUCGCUUCACUGAUCUGCCUGGCGUCCGUUUACCAAAUAGUGCCAACAGCGCAAGUGUCAUCGAGCACGUCAUCGCCCCCAAUCACAAUCAACCUCUGCCAACAACACCGACCAGACGCCUGUCGGAACCCAAUAGGACACGAACGAUCAUGGUAGAAGAAACACGAAUGAAGAGCUCAAUCGCCUCCUCUCAGGUCGACAUGGUUGGCAACCGACCGAAAAUCACCACCAAAGGACUAAACGCUUUGAAAGCCAUGACUGGCAACCGCGACAAUGAAGAUGAAGAAUUGCAGUACGGGCCAGGCAUCGUGAACAAGUUGAAGUCACGUUAUCUGAGUCGCACGUUGCGAGAACGACCGCUGGGUGAGUCUCGUCGACCAUCGCUCCGUCGUGCUGCCAGCCUGGAAGACUGGCUCGAUAAAGACUCGAGUCCUCCGCAUCCGUCGUCGAACGAUAACAAUUUUGCAGUUCUCGUGCGUUCGUCAAACGGCAGAGCCAAGAGCGAACGGCCUUCCUCUUUAAACUUGGUGGCUCAAACGACCGAACCCAAGUUACCACCACGGCCUCUCUCUUCCAGCCCCGUCAAGAUUCGCGAUUUGAAGAAGACUCGAUCCGUUGACUGCGUUUCACAGCAGCCGGCAUGGCGAAGCGUUUCCGUCAGUGAUUUGGUUGUCGUGCCUUCUGCCCAGCAGCCUAAGCCUAGUAAAGCACAUGCUGCAGUGCCACCUAGCCCAACUGUGUCGAGUCCCAAAACACCGGUUCACCUCCUCUUGGGUAAAGAUGCCAUUGUCAUCGUCGACAAAGACGACAAUCAAGUGGCUGCAACCGACGAAAGCAAGGGCAACGUGGCUGCCGUAACGGCCCAUACGGCUCCCACGGCCCCCACGGCCCCCACGGCCCCCACGGUCCCCACGGCCUCCUCACCCGGAGCCUCGAAAACACGCCGAACUUUGCCCGCAAACAGUCGCUACAAUGUGGAGGAUGCCGAGCUGCCAGCUCCGGAUACAGUGCGCCAAGUCAAGCGCAUUUUCGAGAGUGGAUCAGGUCGCAAGGUGUCCAGUACUCGGCGAUCUCAAAGUGCCGGACCGGGCAUCAACCGAACACCUCUCUCAGCUGCCAACCAGACGACUGAAAAGUCGAACAUUCAUCGAAUGAAUCAAGUCAAUUUGGUGAACAACAAGAGCAUUUCAUCGGUGGCGCGCAAAAAGUCAGAGAGCACGCCGCGCAUCACGGAAUUGGUAUCGCCCGAUACCAAACCAGUUGUUAUAACAAAACCGUCUCCCAUCGGACCCAAGCCGUCCGUCUUGAGUCCAAAGCCGGCCGUAGUCAUCGACAAAACACGUGUAGUGCAAUCGUCGUCUAACGGGGCACCGUCCCUGCAACGGACGACGGCCCCUCCCGCGAAACUUGCCGCCCAACCUGCCCCAUCCGCCGCCUUUGUAUCCAGCGUAACUGCCCCGGCCAGUAAAGAAUCUUGCGACCAACUUGACAACAAGGAUGAAUUAGAAAAUCAUGCAGGUGGUCACGGUUUCAAAAUCAUAUCUAAAACUGCCUUAGAUAAUAUUCGCGAGGAGAGCAAUAGCGUCAAGUUCAACUUUGACGAAAAGAAGGAUGAUAAAUCACCGUUUUCGUUAGGCUCAGUCCAAUCGAGGCAGGUGGGUGUCAUAAGACCUCAGCCAAAGUCACCCGUCAUUCGAAACGAAAAACCCGUUGUGCUCGAAGAGUUGACACCUAAGGAUGACGUUGACUCCGUUUCUAAAAAAGAGGAUCUUUUAGUGACGGCGGCAUCCAAUUCGCUCUUGAUUGGCCUCGCCAAAACCCAACCCAAGACAGAACUCGCACAACCGCAGACGACAAGCAAACCUGCCAGUCCGCCCGUUUUUGCCCCCAAAUUCCAGGCAGCGAGCCGCACGAAACAGAUUACUGCUCCAGCAACCGUUUCUAAAUCGGAGCCUGUUAUUUUGACUCAAGUUAUUUCGCCAUCCAGUUCAACGGCGCCAGUUCCCACCUCCGUUUCUGUAACCCCGCCGGCCGAGAAGAAGGCGACAGACAACCCGACGGUGGUGACAGUUCCCGUGGUCAAGACCCUGUCAUCCAGUAGCCAAACUGCCAAGCCACCCAACAGUACGCCAGUAAAUACAACGGCGACCGUUGGAGCUCAUUCGAUUAGCACUGGAACGACGCGCGAACAGCCGACCAAAAAAUGGCAUCCUCAUCAGUCUGAAACGACUACCGUUUUCAAUUUCGUCAACGAUACGUCGAGGAAAACUGAUCACAUUCGCAAUGAAGGUGGAUCCUCGGGAAUUCUAGUGUACAAGUCGAACGAUUCCGGAAUUACCAAACUACCAGACUACGAUCCUGGUGAAUCGUCCGACUUCAUUGAUGAUUUGGAUGUAUUGAAACGGCCUCCUUCGCCAUGCAACGUGGACUUCGAAGGAGCCAACAUAAUUGUGGGGAAGUCUCUUAUUCAACGCCGUACCAAGAAAUGCAAGAUGACUAUCAGUUUCAACGACGACAUGACCAAACUUUUUGAGUAUCCAUCGGAAACAUCCCUUCUUGAAGAGAGUGACGACGUCAAGUCCAUUUCAAAGAAAUCCGAUCAAGAUUUCCGAGACACCUCUUCGCAAAUUUCCACAUCGAACUCGAAAGGAGGCUUGUCCAGCUAUACUCCGAGUAAAGUGCAUUUUGAAACCACCUUCGAGCUUGGGAUAUCUCGUUCAACAUUACCUGAUUCUUCAUUAGAACCGAAUCCACCCAGUUCACCCAUUCAGAUGGAUUCGGUUUUGCACUACAUAAAACCUGCCGAAGAGAGUACAACGUGGAGCGCUGAAACAACAGCCGAUUUGCUCUUUUGAAAUGCAGAUUCUAUAGAUUAACAGACUAAUGGUUAGACGAAAAUAAAUGAUAAAGCAAGUUGGAAGAUUAAAAGAAAAAUGUUGACGAAAAGGAAACGAAACAAAGAUGCAAACAUCAUAAAACAAAGAAAAACAAAAUGAAACAAAAUCAAUGAAAAAUAAAAAGAUAAAUAAAAAAUUUAAACAAAUCAAUAUGCAAGCAAAAAAUGAGAAAAAGCAAGCAAACAAACCGAAACGUCAAAAACUGUUAUCUCGUUGAGUGGUGGUGCCACACUCGGAUGAUGUAACUGAAUCUGUCCAAGCAAGGAAAUUCUACUUAACUGACAUGUUGUGUUAAUAUUCACUUACGGGGAAGAGGAAAUGUUUGAUGAACUUCAUGCGGAAGUAUGUUGAAAAAAAGGGGGUUCCGAAUUCUUAAAAAUUCCAUCGACUGUGUCAUGUUAAUCUUGUUCAUGUAAUAACAUGUUCCAUUACGUUGAACGACUAUAGUGCCCUUCGAACGAGUGGAUGCGUACGCCGUCUUUUAAAGUAACCGAAUUGUCAUUUAAACACGUUUAAUUGUAGAAGUAGUUCUGUAUUUGUGUUCCAUAACGUACUAGCUGGACUUUUGUGUUUGUUUUUUCGUUUUUCGUUUUAUUUUGUUUUGUUUGUUUUCUUUAGUUCUUUUCAUUUGUUGUGUCUUCCUGUAUUUGAACGUUGGCUGAGGUAUUUGAGCCACUGUAAUAACGUGAUUGUGGACGACCAAACGCAUUUCCUUCCGUUACGCUUGAAAGUUGAAAUGAUGACGUAGCAUUCAUUUCACAGCCUCUAUUACCGUACCGCCUUCUAUUGCAGUUUCGAAUUGAAGACUGCAAACACAUGUGUCGAUCAGAUGUUCCACAUGAAUUAAACUUUUGUGGACCAAUAAGCAUUCGCAGAUAAAAGAAUCGGUUUCCUCGCAAAGACAAUUGAUUAUACAUUCACCUAGUACAGAAGCGGCAAGCUCUCGUCCUGCCCUUACAUGUAUUCCAUGUUUGUUCCGUUUUUUUCCUUUUGUUUCUUUUUUUGUACUAGCUGUGUAGACGAAUCUUUUGUGAUAAUGUUCUUAAAGCGCAGUUUUGAUUUUGAGAAACGUUCGCGCAAUUCUUGAUGUUUCACCGUUGUUGUUCUGCUCCUUAAAAUACAAAUGGCUUCAAAAAGAA